AUGGCUCCGCCUGGAAGGAUACCAGAACCUCGUGGAACUCCUACCGAGGAACUGCUAGCGCAGAAUUUGCAGCAGUUGACCCAACUGACUCAAACUUUGGGAAAUGCGCUUCUCAAUAAUCAACGGGGAGGGCCAGAUGUGGCUAAGAUCAUAGCUGGGCAUCGUCCUCCAUUCUUCACUGGUAAGGAAGAUCCACUAGUGUUAGAAGAUUGGAUAAGCACUUUCGACAAAAUGUUUGAGGCUGUAGAAUGUCCUGAAGAAAGGAGGGUGGAGAUAGCUACAUUCUAUUUCCAGCAAGAAGCUGACAACUGGUGGAGUAUGAUGGGACCCAUGUAUCAACAACAAGGAGAAUUUCAAUGGACUGACCUUAAAGCUCGAAUGCGGGAUCAUUUUUAUCCCGAGCAUGUUAAGUCCGCUAAGUACGAGGAAUUUCUACAUCUACGUCAAGGGACGACAUCUGUUCAGGACUACUAUGCUAAGUAUCUUGAGCUGGCACGAUUUGCCCCUGCCUUAGCCCCGGAUGAGCUAAGCAGGGCUAGGAAGUUUGUAAAUGGAUUAAAUUUUGAGACUCAAAAAGCCGUUUCUCCUUAG